GCCGGCAAAAGUCAGGCCCUCCACUUUCAGCUUCGAGUUAGUCGUCACCACACCAUCCAACAACAAUACACCACUUCUAAAAUGCUGGCUCGCGUCCUUGCACGCCGCGCGCUGCGUCCGUCAAGCCUGCGGUGGAUGCGCCCUGUUGUCCGCUUCAACUCCACCACUCCUCCGGUCACUGCAAGCGACCACAUUGCACCUCUCUCCCUGCCCUCGGACACGCUGCGCGCGCACUCCGGCCCCCGGGAGCGCGUGACGCACGACCCCGCCGACCUCGAGCCCCAGGCCGCAGGAAAGGACGUUGUGCUCGCUGGCUGGCUACAGGCGGCGCGGCGUGCGAACAAGAACGUCUCGUUCUUCAACCUCCGCACCCAGCGCGGUGUUGUCCAGCUCGUUGCGCGCGGGGAGCUGGCGGCCGAGAUGUUGCGAUGGCCGCUUGAGAGCGUCUUCCAGGUCCGCGGAACGGUGGUUGCGCGCUCAGGCAAAGCCCUGCCUCCUACUGUGAACAGCCCCUCGGACGCUGUCGAGGUGGACGUGAGCACAGCAACGCUCCUCAACCCUGCAGGCGAGGUACCUUUCCACCCCAACCGCCCGCCGCUUGCGAACGAGGACCUGCGCGCCGAGUACCGCUUCCUUGAUCUGCGACGGGAGGCUCUUGUCAAGAACCUGCGACUGCGCUCCGACGUCGCCCACAUCACCAGGAACUACCUCCACGAGAAGGGCUUCACCGAGGUCGAGACACCCAUGCUGGUCAACAGCUCUCCUGAGGGUGCGCGCGAGUUCCUGGUCCCCACUCGCGGUGCCUCUCCAAAGUUUUACGCUCUGCCGCAGAGCCCUCAGCAGGCGAAGCAGCUGCUCGUCGCCGGCGGCGCGGUCGACCGAUAUUUCCAGAUUGCGCGUUGUUUCCGUGACGAGGACGGACGCAAGGACCGCCAGCCCGAGUUCACGCAGAUCGACCUGGAGAUGGCGUUCGUCGAGGGCACAGGGGAAGGGACGUGGGGAAUCGGCGGAGGGGAGGUGCGCGAGGUCGUCGAGGGGUUGGUGCGGCGCAUCUGGAAGAGCGUCAAGGGCUAUGAGAUCCCCGCCGACGGGUUCAAGGUCAUGCCCUAUGACGUGGCCAUGGACGUGUACGGCAGCGACAAGCCGGACACGCGCUUCGAGAUGUACACCCUGCCCGUGGGAUACUAUCCCACGAUGAGCGACGAGGCGCUCGACAAGAUCCUCAUGGACCAGAGCCCCAGCACCGUUGAGUGGAUGGUCACUCCCAAGGCCUGGGCCGAUGCGGUGGACGUGAAGAAGGUCGGCGCGGAGAACUCAUAUGUCGACUACGUCCGCAUCACUCCCGAGAACCAGUACAGCUGGACGAAGGAGUCGGUGCUCACUCUUCCCCUCGGCCUGACACUUGACCCCAACCUCCCAGGCGGCGCGCAGCCUGGCGAUGUCAUCUGGGUAUCCCGCCGCCCCAAGAUUCCCGAGGGCGGGUGGACGCCUCUCGGCCGUCUCCGUGUGCAGCUUUAUGACGAGCUGAUCCAGAAGGGCACUGUGAAGCCGCCCACCGAGCCCCACUUCGUGUGGGUCACUCAGUUCCCCCUGUUCACCAAGGCGGACAAGGACAAGGCCUUCCUCUCCAAGGGCCGCUGGGCGUCGACGCACCACCCCUUCACUGCGCCUGUGGCCGCAGAUCUGCCGGCUCUGGAGGCUGGCGACGUCGCGCGCAUCCGCGGACAGCACUACGACCUGGUGCUAGAUGGCGCCGAGGUCGGUGGCGGGAGCGUGCGUAUCCACGACGCCGCGCUGCAGAAGUAUGUCAUGAAGGAGGUGCUCGAGCUCGACGAGGAGGAAAUAGGGCGUUUCCAGCACCUCCUCCGCGCGCUGGAGUGCGGCGCUCCCCCGCAUGGCGGCAUCGCCAUCGGAUUUGACCGCCUCAUUGCGCUGCUGGCCGACGCGCCCAGCAUUCGCGACGUGAUCGCGUUCCCGAAGACGGGCAAGGGCGCUGACCCUGUGUUCCGCUCGCCCAGCGUUUCGAGCGAAGGGGUGUUGCGCGAGUACGGCCUGCGCCCCCUCAAGAAGGAGAGCAAAGAGGGGGAGACGAGUGUGGGGAACGUGCGCUGGAGCAAGGCCGAGGAGAGUGAUGAUCCGGUUGUCAAGCGCCUGGGCGAGCUGCCUUCGCGCUUCCUUGACGAGCACAAGCCUUAGAUGAUGCAGUGAGUAUCCGAUGAUAAAAUCUGGAAUGGGACUGUGCGAUCACCUGUGUGACUCAUCCAUCUUGGCACUGAUACGUCCACCAGUUCAGAGGUCUCUUCUCCCGCUCAGGCUGGCCGAUGGCUCUGGAGAGAUCGGGACACGUUUGGUGCAGUAUGAAGGUGAUGUCUCACAGUGCAU